AGUGGGUGCCUUGGGUAGACUUUGGAGCCAGAAAGGCCGCAGCUGCCCUAGUGGGGCCAAGCCUCCGGCCCGGGCCCCUCCGGGUGGAGCUGCAGCCCUGCUGAGCAGCCGCGCCCGGGAGGGGGCGCAGGAGGGGCGGACCCUUGCUAGGGGAGGGGCGGCUGCCUGCGGGAACUCAGCUCCAGACGCUGCUCACCGGGCUUUCGUCUCCCGCUUCCGCGCGGACUGUUGCUCGCCCCUCUCCCUGGGGCGGCUUCCCGCCCAGCGCCCCGGGACAGGCGGCCCGAGGCGGGGUCCGCGCGGCAGCCUCCCGCCUUCUUCCUCUGCCCGCCGAGCAGGCACACACGCGGGCGUCUGCAAGAGCGCGGGCGCCCAACCUCUCCGUACGCUCCGUGCCCGCUGGAGCCGAGGGACCAUGAACGCGACCUUCCUCAACCACAGCGGCCUGGAGGCUGCGGGAGACCUGGACGGCGGUGGCGGGGCCGCCCUGGGGAACCGCAGCCAGGGGCUGGGCGCCUGGCUGGGCUGUUGCCCCGGGGGUGCCCCGCUGGCCGCCAGCGACGGGGUCCCCACGGGCCUGACCCCCGACGAGCGCAGCCUGUGGGUGUCGCGCGUGGCGCAGAUCGCCGUGCUCUGCGUGCUGUCGCUCACCGUGGUCUUCGGCGUGUUCUUCUUGGGCUGCAACCUGCUCAUCAAGUCGGAGAGCAUGAUUAACUUUCUGAUGCAGGAGCGCCGGCCCUCCAAGGACGUGGGCGCUGCCAUCCUGGGGCUGUACUGAGCGCCCCCCAGCGUGGCUGGGAGGAGACUGAGAAGCGGAGCGGGACCCUCGCCCUACUCCUCGGCCUCGGCGGGGCGGGCAGACGGCGCGGCAACCAAGUUUUGGGGCGCCGGGCCCCGCGAGCGCGGCGGGACUCGCGGCGGCACCGACAGAACUUCCUCGCCAGCUCGUUCCACCGAGCUCUUCAAACGCCGGACUGGGGCGGGAGAAGAAAAGAUGGGGGUCCUGAAAGGUGUCUGAAAAAGAAGUUCGGGGCUAGGGGUUGGGAAGUGGUCGUGAGAUGCGACUUGGGGCUGAGGUCACCCGCAGGGGAGCUUUGUGUCUGUGUCUGCGGGUGCUGUGGGGGUGCGUUCCAUGUCCAGGGAAGAGUUACUGAAGAAUCCAAGCUUGUUGGGCUGGUUUUGCAUUUGAAAAGAAAUCUUGUAAUAAAACUGCAGCUGUCUGGAUUCCAGUAGCUUCCCACCCGCGUCGUGUGUGUGUUGGGAUGGGUGGGGUGAGGUGGGUCUUAGAUCCUGCAGCAGGAUGUUUGGCUGCAGGAUUUUGGGGUGCCGUCGGGAUCAGUCUUGGGGCUCUUGGGGCUACACUGAAGGUUGUAGACAUGGAGGGGAAGAGGAAACGUUUUCUUCCCCAUCCUGCCAGACUGCUGGUGAGAUUAAAUUAAAUCGCUGCGAAAUCUGAA